AACAUCAGUUUAAUUUUCGAACGCCGUGAGCGCGCGCGUCAAUUUAAAUUAAGCAUACUUUUUUUUCUCGUUGUGCCGUUGAAUAAUCGAGUUUUUUGUGGCCAGCGUUUGUCAACAGUGUUGUGAAUUAGUGAUUUUUUUGUGGGCAAAGAUAAAUUUAAAAAUACUACAUAUGUUCAACAAGAUGCUAGCAGAUUGAACAAAUAAAACAAAAUGGCUUUAAGGACUACAUUGUGUCUAGUGUUAGUGUGCGUGUGUGUGUUUAGUGACGUAAAGUGUGAUGUUGAACUUAAACUGAACUAUGAUAUAGAUGAGGUUAAAGCGUCAGAACUACUAAGAGGUAGUGGAGAAAAUGAAGAACUCAAAGAUAUACAAACACAAAUAAAGACUUUAGAAGCUAAUAAAGAAAUCGUGGAUGAAAAUGAAGAAACAGAUAAGGUAACAGAAUCAACAACUGUUGAUGACGCGCCAUCGACAACAGAAAAUCUCGAAGCAUUACCAUUAAGUGACAUAAUAGAUGAUGUUAAAGAAAACGAAUCUAUCACUACAACAGAAGUGGAUGUAGAUACAACAUUGUCUAUGAUAGACAAUAAUGUUUAUAAAGGCAGAGACAACAUAGAGGAUAUUUAUUCUAAUGGCCGCUUCAAUGUGAGGCCUGACACGACGGUGUUUCCUACUACCAGGUCUGUAGACACAGAUGGAGUUGUGCCCAGGAUAGCAGAGUUGGAUGAAGAGAUCGACAUGGGACAGAGGAGUCCAAAGACUGAAAAUUCCGGACCUAAGCCGCCUGUCGAAUUACGCAGCUACGAGAAGCCACACCCCCCUCCCGCCGUCAGCAAGAGCACAACAUUAAGAUCGUGGCUGGAAGACUCCUGGCUCCGACCGCCUGCUGGUAUCCUGGUACCUCUCAGGCCUAUGGCGCUGACCAGAGCGUUGGCUGUGUGGAAUGAUCUUGUCGUUGAUGGGUUGAAUUUAACGGAUAUUAUCAUAGUUGGAUACGAUUCUAAUGGAGUAAAUUGGCGUUCGAGGCACAGUCUCCAGCCGUCGACCAAAGGGAUGGGUGACCGAACCGUUUCAGAGGCACUGUCCAAGCUUCUGCUCAAAUAUCAGGAAGUAAACACAGACGUGACAACUGACGGGACAAUGCGAGCCCUGACAUCUGCUGCUAAGCUGGUUCCGUAUGAUAGCGCUCUGUUCGUGGUCACUGACAAGGGUGCAGGUGACAGCCAGAGAUUGCCACUUGCUCUGAGAGCUCUGGUCGAGAAGAGACUAAAGGUGUACACAAUAUGGACAGACCCGGGCCAUCCCAGCCAGGAAUCUGAAAUGGAACUGCAGGUUCUUAGGAAUGUCUCCAGACACACCGAGGGGGACGUGCUUCCUUACUCUUUGCAAGUCAUGGAUAUGGAAAGCUCCAGUAACCUGGCUUCGGACGUGGAACAGUGGGAUCCAGUGGAAAUGCUCGGAGGAAGAAAGGCUAGGCUCAACACACAGCUGGAUGUCAAUAAGUUUGAGACACUGUUAGUGAAGCGUGGAGGUGGCAAGGCCAUAUCUCUUGGAAUGCCGGUGGAGAGUGGAGUGUCAGCGCUGAGGAUCUACAUAGAGGGCGCUGUCGAACACGCUGUGCUUUACCCUCCAAAUGACGGUCCUCAAAUCGACUUGUACAACAGCACUUCCGUGGCUAGCUUCUCCCCGGCAUCGAAGAGCGAGGGUCAAUCCCCCAGGGACGUCUACUUGGUGUUCCCUGGAGCAGACCCUGAUGAGGACAUGCUGUCUGUAAUCCCAGCCACCCCGACCAGCGCGGAGCCCGACCCGAUGGUGGGCUUGUGGCACCUGAGCUUGCGGUGUGACACGUGCGACUUCCGUCUGUGUGUCGCGGCGAGGGCGAGGCUGCGUUUCGAUGUGGAGACCGUUGCGUUAGGGACGUUGAAGUUGAGGGUGUCUGGUCCAGUGGCUAGUGUCAGAGAGUCAUCUCUUAUCGACGAGUACGGGACAGAACUAGCUAAACUGCCAUUCAGCUAUCAACCAAUGACAACAGACGGGCACGAAGCCAAAGACAAUCCUGUGUCGGAGGUGGUGGCUGAAGUCAACCUGCCAGCUAUCAAAGGCUCAAAGACCUACGUCAAGAUUGUUGGCAGGGACGUGCAAGGGGAACCCUUCGUCAGACUAGCUGGGCCUUUAAACCAGCAGUCAGAAAUCAGAACCAGCAGAUCAGCCUCCAUAGUGUUCCCGGAGAACAAUGUCAAUGACCUGGAGCGAGCUGAAGAGGACGGCUGGAGGGUUUACAACGAGAAGCUGCUAUACAACGACAGUAAUGUGCUGCCGUUCAGCAGGGCUGUGUCGCAAGUGGUCAACCAAAGAGGAUCGCUUUUGACCGCCGUUCAAAUAGGACUGAGUUCGCGACUGUAUGGAGCGCCUGGCGACAGUCUACAGCUACAUUUCGAAGUGACCAACUACAGGGAGCAAGCUGUCAAUUUUCGCUUCGGAGCCGUUGGGGAACUACGAUUUUUGAGAGGAAUCAGCCCUACCAGUCAAACUAUACCGUCAGGACAGACUGUCAACGUCAUUGUCAACGUCGGCAUCACGGGUUCCGCACAGCCUGGUGCGCGGGACCUGAUCACGUUUACUGCUUAUGGUCUAGAACAAGUGUCGAUAUCAGCGUACGUCUACGUCGUCAACACUGGCGACACCACCACUGAUGUCUGGUCCCCGGAUGUCCGUCACAACUUCCAAGGGUCAUGUAUCGGAAGGCAGGGGAAUGACUGCGCUCAGCACGUGUGGUCUGCCACCGUUAUAGCCAGAGACGCUAAUGGAGGUCUUCUACGACUGUCCUCGUCACCUACUGGCCUGGUUUACGAUAGCAACUUCAUAUCUGGUUCGCGUGAAGAGGUCAUAGCCACAUACAGAGCGACCUGUUGCGCUCCGAGGGUCAUGGUGACCGCUGUGGAUGCCUUUGGGAACGCUAACAGCUACGUUGUGGACAUAUCUGGAAUGGAGAGUACUACUGAACAAAUUUGGGGACCACUUGUUGAAACUGUAGGUUAUUACACUGAAGCAGCAAUAGCGGCUAUAGUUCUAGGAGUGUUUCUAGUGAUAGCACUGAUCGCUUUGAUAGUAUUCCUAAUUUAUUGGUGCGUGAAGCGAAGGAGGGAGUCGAGGGAGCUGCCCAGUUACAGCACUUCAUCUAGGAAUGUUAGCUAAGUUUUAGUUUUACGAACAAUGUUAACUCAGUAAGUAUAUAUUGGUAAAUUAUUUUUUAAGAAACGUUUUUUCUUACAUGUCUUUAUAUGUAAACAAUCUGUAAUCUAUUUAUGGGUGAAUUUAACGAGAGUUUUGAACGCCGCCGUGGGCUAUCAUUAUUGUUUAUUAAAUUGUACCAUACACAACGUACAAUGUUAAUUUUAUAAAUGUUUAAUUUAAAUAAAACGAUUCUUUAUUCAAAUAAAAUAUGCGACACUAAUGAAACGCUACCGCGGUUUCGCUCACGUAUAUUUUGUGUGUCCGCUCAUAACUCAUUAUAAUGAGUUAUGAGCGGACACACAAAAUUAUUGUUAAUAUCUCGGGUCCUAAACAAAGUAUCGCGAUGAAUUCGUUAUGCAACUGUGAAACCACUUCAAAUUCUAGUUUAGUAAUUUUUGCGUGAUGCGAGAACAAACAUACACAGGCAAAAAUUCUAAGAAAAAUUGUUUUGGCUUAUAUUAGUCCCAUAAAGACCAUAAACCUUUUACAUACUUACAGAUUUUGAACAAAAUUUAACAAUAAGUAGGUACUGUGAAGAUUGUUUACAUGUUACGACUCGUAAGAAAAACUGAGUGUUGUAAUUAGUUACUGUACAGUCAACAGCACAUCAACCUACCCAAAUUCAUAGCAAAUUCGUCGCUAUUACCACACCAUAAAGGUUCAUGCAGGGUAACUCGUAUUGUAGGUUAUUUUCUCUUUUUGGUAGCUUGAUAUUCCUUGUUUUUUCUCUAAUAAUUGCCUCUUAGCUAAAUCGUUUUUAAAUUUAAAUUUUCUGUAUAUACAUGUAUUGAGUUGUUGCCUAGAUUUACUAAUUAGUGUCAUAUAAGUUGUGUAAUUUUGGUGACAAUUUGUUACGUGUAUCUUAAAAAAUAAAUAAACUCGAUGUGCUGUUGACUGUACACUGCAAACUACAUUUUUUUUUAGUUUUUGUAUAUGACUAUUUAUUAAUAAUUAAAUAGUUUUCACUUAAUAAGAGAAUAUUCUAAAAAAAACAGUGUCCCUCCAUAAAAAGCAAUUAAUUUUUAUUAUCAUGAUUUUUUUUUACACGAAAACGUUAAUGAAUUGUGGGAACAAAUUGGGACCAAUGAUAUAAUUUUACUGUCAACUAGAUGAUUGUGAUUAAUUAUUUUUUUCACACUUAAGAUGUUAAUUUUAUGAUAAUUUUAAGUUACCUUUACAUUUUAGAAGUAAUGUUAUUGAGAUAGAAAGGUAAUAUUAUAUUUAAAGUGCAUCUCGGCAACAUAGUAUAACAAGCACAACAGGACUGGGCUAGAGUACGAGAAUUGUUAAAAAUAAGCAGAGGUAAAUAAAGCAAGUUCAUUCAAUGGGUAAUGUCACCCCAUAAAGGGCAGUAAUGAUUCGCCUCCAAGACAUCCACGAGAGGAUAUGGAGUGGUCCUAUUUGAGGGGGGAACCACAGGCGGUAUCUUUAUUAUAUACUAGCAGCUCAUCCCGCUCAGGUAAAAAUAUAAGAAAUAAUACACCUAAACCUUCCUCUGGUAUCAUACUAUCUAUUGGUCAGAACCACAUGAAAAUCCUUGCAAUAGUUUUUGAUUGUACAGUGAACAGAUAGAUGCGGCAGACGACUUUGUGUUUAAUAUUAAGGAUAAGGAUGUAGAACUUAUAGUUUCUUAGUUCAAACAUAGCAUAAAGAAUGUGAAUAAUUUUUUUUAUAUUUUGGGAAAUAUUAUUCUUACUAAAGUGAUUCUUUCGCUAAAAAAUGAUAUUCUUCAAGUUUUCAAAUUAAAAUUGUUGUUCUGUUACCUAAUACUGUUGCCAUUCAAUAUAUAUAUAUAUAUUAGAAUGUCCAUAACGAUGAGCCAAGGUGCAUGAUAAUAAAUAUAGGAGCCAAACUUUGCUUAAUAUUUAAAAUGAAUUAAAUGUGUGGAUGAUGACAAUUUUUUUAUACAUUCCAUUUAUACUAAUACGGGUAUAUAUAUAGUAAGCACUAAUGUUAAAUACCAUCUUAAUUUACAAAAAGCCAUAAUUUUGUAAAAAUUUUGAUAAUAAAUGUAUUUAUUACAAUA